CUAGCUAGGGUUUGUACCAGAACGGCUGGGAGAUUUCAAUUGGGAAAUGCUGAAACUAGGGUUUCGUUUAUCGAUUGCCAUUCAACAUCGCGUCUUCGUUAUUCCAUGGGUGAAGAGACACUCUGCACCUAGAAUCUUGUGUUCAGACCAGCGGGACUACACUUCGUCGGGUCUGAUUAAGUAUGUUCCAAACAAGUCUCGGAAGAUUACUCAAGAUUUGACAUCUCAGCCUCUUGAUGUUACUAGAUUGGAUCAUAGUGUGUUGGGAUCUCAAGUUAAGGGUAACAGCAAAGAGGCUAGAGAUGGCACAUUUUUGGAUCUGCAAGAGAAGAAUGAUACUGGAAGUUACAUGAAUGUGUCUUGUGAUGACUCUGAUGAAGGUAUUUUGAGUUUGGACAAGGGUAUAAAUGCUAGUAGAUGGGAUCAUAGUGUAUUGGGGUCUAAAGUGAAGGAAGAGACUGGAGAGGGUACUGUUUUACAUCUGCGAGUUAAAAAUGAUGCUGAAAUGUACUCUGAUGCUUCUUGUGAUGACUCUAAUGAAGAGUUGGAAGAAAGCAGCAACGAAGUUAGAUCUACAGGCUAUAAGUCUACGAGACAACACAAACAAGCUUAUGAUAAAGUCAAACUACAUAUGGAAGCUGAGCAGGCCAAGAGUAGCAAAGAAGCCUGCAAAACCACGCAAGAGGCAGAGCACAUGGCUAUGCGCUAUCUCGGUUUAAGAGCAUAUUCAGCAGCUGACCUGAAAAAGAAGCUCAUGGGAAAGAAAUUUCCUCUUGAAGUCGUUGACAGAGUGAUCAAUGAUUUCCAGAUUCGAGGCUUUAUCAAUGAUAGCUUGUACGCGGAGUCAUUCACUCGAUCUAGAUGGUCUUCCUUAAGUUGGGGACCAAGGCGGAUCAAGCAAGCAUUGUUUAAGAAAGGCAUAAGCAACAAAGACUCAGAGACAGCCAUAAAGCUGGUUUUUGAGAAACGCCAAUGCAAGGAAGGAGAUGAAGAAGCAGAACUAAACCACGGGCUGUCCAAGGAAGCAGUGGAUCAGCUUUAUGUUCAGGCAUCUAAGCGGUGGCUCCAAGGUCGAGACUUGCCUAUAGAAACUCGUAAAGCUAGAGUCAUCCGGUGGCUUCAGUACCGAGGAUUCAACUGGGGUGUUGUUUCCCAGCUUCUAAAGAGGUUAGAGUCUACUCAUGAGUCGUGAUCUUAUUUUACACAUGUAUCGUUUUGGCCCUUAGGUUUUAUAUUUGUUAGGAAUUGCCCCCAUAAGCUAUGUUCC